AUGUCCGCCGGCACAGAUGUGGUUGAAAACAGUGGCAGUGUCCGUCUGUUCUCCGAUGACUUUUCCAACAGCUUCGACGUCAGCUUUGGUCUCGUCCCAUUCGGCUCUGAGGGGAAGGAGGGGGGGGAGGGUUCGGCUGUCUCCCCAGGGGAUGGACAGGUUGUGGGUUCAAUUCCCGGAAAGGCAGAGACUCUUCACACGCGACCGGAACGAGACCUGACUGUUUUCUUCAGCCUUAGAGUCACCAACAUGGUCUUCAGCCAAGAUCUGUUCGACAAGAACUCACAGGAGUACAGACGUCUGGAGGAGAGAUUCGAGAAUCUGCUGGUUCCAUACCUGGAGGCCCACCUGCAGCACUUCCAGGCGCUGCAGAUCCUGAGCUUCAGUAAUGGCAGUGUGGUGGUGAACUCCAGGCUCAGGUUCCUGGCUCCUGUCAGACGAGGCCUCAGCACCGCUGUCCUCCUGCUCCUGAAGGACUUUGCCUCAACCGCCCAGAGGACCAUGGACCUGAGCAUUGACAAGAGCUCACUGGACGUGGAGCCAGGCUUCCGUGCAGACGCCUGUAAGUUCCUGGCCUGUAACCAGUUCUCACGGUGCCAUCUGAACGAGGUGUCGCGAGAGCCCGAGUGUGUGUGUUUGCCCGGAUACCAGAGUGUGUCAGGUCUGCCGUGUGCCAGUCUAUGCCAAACCCAACCAGACUACUGCCACCACCAGGGGACGUGUGCCGUGGUACCAGGGAGGGGCGCCACCUGCAGGUGUCUGGUUGGUGAUUCCUGGUACUUCCGUGGAGACCGUUGUGAGGACUUUGUGUCUGAGAAGCUGGUUGUCAUCGGCGCUGUGGCCUCCAUCCUCUGUUUCCUGUUGGUUACCGCUGUGAUCGUUUACUUCCUGUCUAGGUUUCUACGGCAACUGGAGUCUGACGACUACAGCGACGCGUUCAGUUCUGAUAGUCCAAAGUGGUCCCGGUCCCAGUUCCCAGUUCAGUCCGAGUCUCCGGUUUUGCCUCAAGCGUAUCGUCGGCAUGACGACCAGCUGCAAUCCCCGCCCCCUUACACACAGGCACCACCCCGUUUCCCAGAGUACAGCGCCACCAGCAGACAGGAUCGACACUUCACAGGCCCGACUGAUGACCUCAUCCAGACUACACUGUACCUGGAGCGUCGCGGCAGCUCGUCCACAUGA